AUGAAUUAAAAUUCGACUUCUCAUUACAUUUAGUCCAAAUGUAAAUUAUUAUAUUUAAAAAUAGUACGUGAGCUAAAUUUAGAAGGUAAAUAAGAUGAAACUUUUGAGUAAGUAAACAAAAAUAUUGAGAAUAAUAAAAACAAUAUCCUUUUAUAUAGAAAAAAGGGUAGAUUUUGUUAAAUUUAAAUAGCUAAUCUUUUAUCUUAAUUGGGAAAAUUAUAGGAAGUUUUACAUACUUGGGAAUAGGGCAUUUAAAAUAAUAUUCAUGAUAUCAAUUUUUAUCAAGAAAAAGGCAUUCCUUAUUUUACAAUAUAUUAGCUUAAGUACUAAGGAAUUAGGGCAAAUGGAAUGAGAUUAUUGAAUUAUAUGAUUUUGGUAUAACAAAAAAUGCUAAAGAUGUUUCAUUUUAUUUUUUAAAAUGUAUCAGACUAAGAUUAAUAUUCAUUAGGUCGUGAAUUAUUUGAAUAAAAUAAAUUUAAAGAAAUAAUUGAAUGUUGGGAUUAAGGAAUUUAAAAUAAUAAAGAGUUUAAAAUAUAUUACAUUUAGAAAGGUAAAUUUCUAAAUCAUCCAUAUUCAAAGCUAACUCUAUUAAAAGUUUUUAUACUCUAAAUAAUGGAAUUAUAAAUAAUGAAGGAUGGAGAGAAAUUGCAGACUGUUGGGGUUAAGGAAUCACCUAUAAUAAAAAUGAUUACUCGUUCUAUUUAGAAAAAGGUAAAUCUCAUUUUAGAUAUCUUUAGUGUAAGCUUUAGAAUAAUUAGAAGAAUAUUAAGAAAUAUUGGAAUGUUUAAAUUUAGGGCUCAAACAUAAUAAAUAUCAAUUGCUUUUAUAUCGAAAAAAAGGUAAUCUUUAAAUGUAUAUGAUUAGGAGAAAUUUUAGAAAAAAUGGGAAAAGAUCAAGAAAUAAUAGAUAAUUAUGAUCAAGCUAUUUCAAUAAUGGUACACCCUGGUAUUUAUGAGGAAAAAGGUACGAAAAUUAUUAAUAAUUUAAGCUAUUGCUUUAACUAAAUAAUAAAAAUGGAAGGAAGUAAUAUAAUUUUGCAACUGUGAUAAAUAAAAGUUAAAUAACUAUUUUUUUUUAGUCAAGAUAUAAAGUAAUAAAUGAUUAUAUUAUUUAAUAGUUUAAGCUCUAUCGGAAUUAAAUGAAUAAGAUUAACUCAUUAAAUUAUGUAAUGAAUUCAUACAUAAAAAUGAUAUGUAUAUCUAUAAAUUCAAAGGUUAAUAUAUUAUUUUGAAUUUAGCCUAAGCAUUAUUUAAAUAAGGGUUGUUUGAAUAAGUUAUUGAAUCAUGGGAUGAAGCUAUUAAAAAAAAUGAAAAAGUACAAGAAUUUUAUGUUGAAAAAAGUAUUUUAGAUGGAACUAUUUUUAGUUAAAGCUUUAAAUGAUUAAAAUAGAUAUCCAGAGGCUAUUCAAAAUUGUAAUCUUGUAAUCAAUUUGUAAUUAGAUAAUUAAAUAGAAAUAUAAAAUUGGAAAAGUAUCAAAUAUUCUUUUUCUAUUUAGUGAAUAUCUUAGAAAAGUAAAGUAAUAUUAGAGAAGCUCUAAAGAUAUCUAGAAUUAUUGGAACAAUUAGAAAAAUAUAUUAAAAACAAAUUUGA